GAAAUCUGGGAUUAAGAAAGAAAGAACCAUUCUGUGUUGUUCUUGUUUGAACUCCCACCAUAGAAAACGGGAAGAUAUGACCGUGAUUGACAGCGUUGCUGCUUUGCUGUUGUGAUCACUCUUCGCAGGUAAUCUGUAUAGGCACUAGGCAGGCGUACAUACCUCUGUAUUGUGAAAAGUAGAUAUGAAUGAGUUCAGUUCUGAAAGGCCAAGGUCCUGGAACAUAUACACAAGUGCAGAACCUAGUCCAUCUCAAACACAGGUGAACCAGGAAGGUCCAUGGAAGAACUUUGGGACAUCAACAAACGCCAUUUCCUUCGGGUUUGUAGCUACAGCCAUCUUGAUCUCCAUGUUUCUCAUCAUGGCCAUAUUCGAGCAUCUGUUCAAGCCAGGCACUUCGUUCUCCUCGCCCGAAGAUCACAUAGACAGCAACCUGGAAUCAGGAAUAAGGCAGAAGCUUAGAAGCUCACAAACUAUACCAACAUCAUAUUCGUCGGAUUUCACAGUCUUGAUGCCGGGACAACAAUAUCCAACCUUCAUUGCCCAGCCUGCUCCUCUCCCUUGUCAAAGGGAAGGAGUUUACUGGCCUGCCCAUGAACAUAGCUUUUCAUACACAUAAUGCUAAACUUACAAGUGAUGGUAUGUGUACCCCAGAAUAGUGAAAUUCUUCAUCAAUUUUCUACAUCUACCAUUCCAGAAUUCAUAUCUUUACCCCACUGUGUAUGAGGGAGAGACAAACAGGGAAAGAGAAAAAAAAAAUUGUAUUAGCAAGACAACAAUAGUCAACCGUGGUGUUCAGAUUACCAGGUUGUUCAGAUGAUUUUUUAUGUAGUUAUGCAUGGAUUCCAUGUUUUGAGAAA